CUCAUGGAACAACGUAUAUUCAAACAAAUCAAUAUGAAUUUAUCGAUGAUGAGAAGAAAAGGAGAAAUAGAUAUUCCUUUCCGCAUGAAAAUCAAGACAGGUAUAUUCGUAAAAGAAGUAAAUUUUCUUAGUUUGGACACUUCUGGGUGAAAAUGCCAGAAUACAAGGUUCAUUAUUUCCAUUUCACUGGGAGAGCAGAACCAAUCAGAAUGCUUUUGAGAUAUGGAGGAAUACCAUUCACCGAUAAUCGUAUACGAUUUGAAGAUUGGCCUAAAACCAAACAAUCUAUGCCAUUGGAACAAUUACCUGCUCUUGAAAUUGAGGGAGAUUUGAUUCCACAGUCAGUUGCCAUCUGCAGAUACUUAGCAAAAAUAGUACAACUAGAUGGUCGUGAUGAAAGAGAGAACCUGAAAAUUGAUAUCUCAGUUGAAACACUGUCUGAUCUUUUGAGAAAACUAGUUGAUUAUGCGCAUGAAAAAACGAUGAAGACGGAAUCAGCAGAAAAUUUUGUGAACGAGACAUUACCAUAUUUUCUUAGUAGAUUGGAACAACAAGCGAUGAAAAAUCGAGGCUAUAUCGCUCUUAAUAGGUUAACUUGGGCUGACAUAAUCUUCGUUUGUUUGUAUGAAGAUGCCGCAAAUUUCGUUGAAAGAGAUAUCAUAGCUGAUUACCCAAACCUGCUGGAAGUCAGAAAAAAUGUGUUAGCUGUUUCGGCCAUAAGAGAAUGGAUUCAGAUACGACCGGAAAACCAAAUUAACACAUUUUAUAAUUUGAAAGCCGAUUUGUGAUCAUUCAAUAUUUCUGAUUUGGCAUUAUAAUUAGUGCAGUGGGUGCUAUUAAAAAUCUACUUUCUAA